AAUUUAAUUGUGUUAUUAAGAUGAUUCCAGUAAACAAUUAGCUCUUUGAAAAUUUAACCAAAAGAUCAACAAUCAAUCAAAUUAAAUGAUCAACAUCUUAACCAAAACUGUAUACAAGUGGAUCAACUAAUGAGAGCCUUUAUGUUAAUUGUGAUUAUCUAAUUAAAAUAAGUCACUUCAGAUUUGAUCAACUAAUCGAAUCACAAUUGAUCGAGAAAGAAAAUGUCGAAAUGUUUAAAAGGAAAAGGAAAUAAACAAAAAAAGCUUCUUCUCCUAUUCAACCAAUAAAUCAAUGAUUACUUUUUAUAUUCUUACCAAUUGUUAACAAUCAACCAAUAGGUAAACCUAAUUAGCUGAUCAAAAGUUAUUUUCUUCAGUCAAAUAAUUAAUUUAAUAAAAUUAACUGUUGAAUUAAAAGUCUUGCGCGAGAAAUAGUUGAUCAGAAUCAACGUAUUCCUUUUGUGUUACCUUGCGCAUUGGACCUUUGAUUAAACCUCGAAUUCAGAACUGAACAUUUCUCGACUCAGUUGAUUAUCGACAUCACAAAAUCAUCAUCAUCAUCAUUAAAUAGUUUCCAAGUUAACAAACAACUUAAUCAUCGUUCUUAUUUUAUUUCUCAUUGUUGGUUAACUUUAAACUCUCAAAUUGUGACUUAAUUAUUUUCUAAUUGUUAUCAAAUUAAUUUCUCGGAUUGUCUAACCAUCGUCAUCAUGUAUCAUUAUGUGAUUACUGAUCUUCCAGCUCGUCAUCCACUUCCAACACCAAUCGAUGUGUUUAGUUUCCUACCCAAUCCUCAGCCUCAGCAAUUAGUUAAUCCAAUGACAAGUGUUUGCUCACCAUAUCCACAAUUUGGCUCAUCAUUAAGUCAAUCCACACAAUCAAAUGGAGGUUUCCUUUGUGAGCCCACCACCCCAUCGGUGGGUGGGGAGUCAAAUCAUGUUACAUUUAAUGGUUUAUCUUAUAGGAUUAAUGGUAAUGAUAUUACCAAUGGUGGACUUUUAAUCCAUUCAGAUGGAUUAACAGAUAAACUUGGACCUGGUAGUUCAAUUUUAACCUCAUUGUCUUACAAUAAUCACCACUCACCUUCAAUGAUCACCAGUCUGUCCAAUCAUCAUCACCAUCAAAUUAAUCAUAAUCUACAUCACCAUCAUCAUCAUCCCAAUAAUGUUAACAAUAAUAAUAGUAAUCACAAUAAUAAUAACACUAUUAUCAACCGUGCCAAAAAUAUAUCAACUAAAUUAUUAUCAUCACCUUCAUCCUCAUCAUCUUCACCAAUAACAUUAUCACCUACAACAUUGCCAGUUACAGUAACAAAAAUUACAUCACCAUCAACAAUUAAUAAUCACAUUAACGAUAAUCACAAUAGUUGUAACGAUGAAGAUAAUAAUCAACAUAAUAACAAUGAUAAUAAAAUCAACUCAACUGAUCAAAGCUUCGUUAAUGGCCUUAGUUCACCAAUUAUUAGGAAAUCGAAUGCAGUUGAACAACAAACGCAAACUGAUCUUGAUGUUGAUGAAGAUUUGAUGAGAAGAGGAGGUUGUCCGGGAGAGAAUGGAGGUGGAUUCGAACGAAAUGAUUCUGAAACCAAUUGUGGAAUUAUACCAAUCAAUUGUGGUCUCACUUCUAGUGGCAUCAAUCAACCGAAAAGAUUGCAUGUCAGUAAUAUACCCUUUAGAUUUCGUGAUCCUGAUUUAAGGCAACUUUUUGGUCAAUUUGGACAGAUAAUUGAUGUUGAGAUUAUCUUUAACGAACGUGGAUCAAAGGGAUUUGGAUUUGUAACUUUCGCUGAUUCCAUGGAUGCGGAAAGAGCUCAAGAUCAGCUCAAUGGUUCCAUAGUAGAGGGAAGAAAGAUCGAGGUUAAUAAUGCAAGAGCGAGAAAUAACAGCAAGAAAAAUUGUUUACCUGUAAUAAAAAGUAGUAAAUUACAAUGUAUUAAGACGGUUUAUCAAGAUCCAUUUAUAGGCUUUUCUCCUCAUGGGCCUGAGAGAUAUCCAAUUCCGGCAAGUUUAUUCCGAGGAGCUUAUAACAGAUUCGCACCAUAUUAAUCAUCAACUAUUAACAUGAGUCAAAGUGUUACUUUGUUACCUUAUUUUAAGAGAUUCACUUAACUGUCUCGCCAAUGAAAAUGUGAGAAUCGUUCAAAUUAAAAAGGCACAACAAAAGAGUGAGACUGUUUCUCUCUCUCUCUCUAACCACAAUUUAAUUUAAUCCAACGGUUAAGAUUAAAUUGAUUUCUAUGUUAAACCCAAAAAUUAAAUCCAUAAAUCCGUUGGUAAUUUAAAUAAGAAAAACAAAACAAGAGAAAAGAAUAAAAAAAUUGUUGAAACAAAAA